UUUUUCUCUAACCUCAAGCUAUGUGGUCAAGAGAGGCCUCAGUCCUUUUCUAGCCUGGUUCUAGACUGUCUCCAGAGUUCCUAAGAAGUUCUGGAGCAUGUGCUCCAGGAGAAGGAAAUGGCAUCCGGCUUUGGGACUUCUACUGCUGCCCCAUCUGUUCCUGGCAACCAACAUUCAAGAUCGUUUAGAACUUGCGGUCUCUGGCAGCAACGUGAGUCUGAAAAUUUCCGGUUUGCCUGAGAGCUACCACUCACUCACAUGGUUUUAUACUACUGACCAGAAGAUUGUGGAACGGGAGCAUGGUGAGCCAAAGUACUUCAAUACUAAAUUUAAAGGCAGGGCCACCCUUGAUAUUCAAACUGGUGCACUGAAUAUCUACAAGGUCCAGAAAGAUGACAGCAGCACCUACCUCCUGAAGAUGCUGUACAACGCUGGGAAUGAGAAUGAAUGGAUGGUCACACUGAUGGUGUAUGAUCCUGUACCGAAGCCCGUCAUAAAAAUUGAGAAGGCACAGGAAAUGAACAACUGUUACCUGACUCUGUCCUGUGUGAUCCAGGACCAGCCUGUAAACUAUACCUGGUAUCGGGAUUCAGGGCCUUUUCCAAAAGAGCUCCAGAGGAGUGUGCUUGAAAUCAUUGUUACGCCACAAAACUACUCCCAGUCUUAUACGUGCCAAGUCGGCAAUCCUGUGAGCAGUCAAAACAACACGGUCUACUUCACCUCACCCUGUAAACCCGCGCCAUCCUCUGGAGCAGAUUGGACAGAAGCUUGGCUAGUGGUCAUUGUAACCACCGUUCUUGGCCUCCUAUGGACCUGAGAUGAGUUCUUCUAACUCAGGAGUGAAACUUCAAGGAUACAGGAUGUCACCCUCAUCAGGACAGAAGCUCUGGCUCCAUGGGAUGGGGAAAAGUGCAUUGUUCAAGUAUCGACAAAGAUUAGCAAAUCAAUUUUUUAAAAACACAGUAAUAUUUUAUUUUAUAUCCCCUAAUUGUUUCCCAACACACCUGUUUAGAUACACACACAUUCUUCCCAACCAAAAACAAAAAAAGCGCAAAAUGUAUUAUGCAAUUUUUUUUGUUUAAAUAAUUAUUUUAUAUAAUUGCCAAAGUGGUUUCCCAAAGUUAUCCCAAACCUGUUGGACAAGGCCUGUUCCAUUAGCCUGGACAAACUGGAACUCGGAGAUACAUAGGGGAGAGCUGGGACCACAGGCCCCGGUGCGUCAGCCCAGCAGAGGAGUUCACUUGUGCCGUCUCUGAUUCUUUCUGCCGCAUCAGCGCCAAACCUCCUAGGGUUCCAGCUGUCAGACUCCUCACCUCUUGAAAGUUCUGGUCUCCACUUAGUGGUUUGCCUUAUCUGGCCUCUCUGAGGAACAUACUUGCUAGAUUUGUGGGAACGUGGGGUCAGGCUUACUCUCCCAGAACUGAGCACGCUGAUCUACCACAUAAAGAGGGCCCCCCUCCAGCCUUUCAUGGGGAGCUCAGUUUCUCCUCCUCUUCUUUUCUCCAUUGUUGCCGUGUGGGCGGCUCUGCAAGUCCUAGACAUGUCACAGGAUCCCAAACAAAACAAAACAAAAACCCCUUCAAAUUAACUAAUGCUCUCACCAGCUCCUUCCAUCAUAGGAAGGUAAAGGCCCCAGGCCCACCGCUGACACAAACCUGGAACGUCUGCUAGAUGCUCCCCUCCUUUAAGUCUCCUUAUGUGAAGGAAAAGCUGGGCUGGGCUAACAAGAUAACUCACAAGUCUAAGUAUUGGAAUACUGAUCUGAGUUCUGCUGGACUAACUUGUAAAUCUAAGUUUAUCAGUGUUGGUUUGCUGUUUAUGUUUUUUGCUAGCCAGCUGGAUUUUCAAAGAUACAUAUCUGGCUUUGGAAUGUUUGUUGGCUGCCCCCCUGCCUCCACUUUUGUGAUGAUAAUGCUGCUAAAGCUGUUCCAUGCCUAUUGGCUAAAUACCCCAAGCUUGUACUUUACCCCAUAAAACCUCAUGUGCACAUCUUGGAGGUGCUCAGAGCUUUGGAGCAGAAGCCCCUCUGAGCCCGCCGGCGUAAUACAUCUGAGUACUCCAA